GUAAUCUCCGCCUCUGGGGGCUGAGGUCAAGGCAGGCAGCCGGGGUGGCUACUCUGUGAUGCUCACCACAGCCAUUUUCUAACCUCAGAAAUUAUUUUCUUAGCAUUUCAGGAGAUUGCAGUAUUCCUGCAGUUCAGUUUCUGAGAGCUUUACUGAUUUGUCUUCCUACUCAAGCCAAGCAAACACUGAUUGCUACAUUUCUGAAGAAGAUCUCGAGAUCUGGACUACUGGGGAGAAUCUUCAGUGAGGCUCAGCCAUACCUGGAGAGAUGGGGAGUGAGUACAAGAGAAUUAUUCUGCUGAAAGGACUGGAGCUCAUCAACGACUACCAGUUUAGCAUAGUUAAGUCCCUACUGGCCCAUGAUUUGGGACUGACUACCAACAUGCAAGAAGAAUAUAACAAGGUCAAGAUUGCUGACCUGAUGGAAAAGAAGUUCCCAGGGGCUGCCUGUGUGGACAAGCUAAUAGACCUAUUCAAGGACAUGCCACCACUUAAGGACAUUGUUAAGCAACUUAGAAAUGAGAAGAUGAAAGUUGCAAAGAAAAUGAAGACAACAGAAGAAACGCCAAAGAAAAAGCCGCAGCAGGCAAGGGUGGGCCCCUCGGCAUGUGCCCCCACGACAAGCAGCGCUCUGCUGUGCGAGAGAGCGGAGGGGACCACUGCGUCUCAGAAAAGAAAAACCGCCGCCAAAGGAACGGCUGCGCCAAAAAAGAACAAGGGGAUCCAGCCGCAGACCCAGGCGGUCUGCCGUCCCGGGCCCAGCACGUCCGCAGCUGUCGGCUUCCUUCCGCGGCCCCAGACCGCGUCGUUGGCUCCGCUCUUCUCCGCCUUCCCCGAGAUGAUGAAGGGCCAACAUCAAGCUGCUCCUAGAGGACGUGUGCUUCAGCAGGGCCCCCUGACUGUCCUGGUACUGAAAGCAACGGAGCCAUUUGAAUACGAGUCCCCAGAAGAGGGGAGAAGCAGAAUGUUUCAUGCUACAGUGGCCACUCCCAGUCAGUUUUUCCACGUGAAGGUUUUAAACAGCAACCUGAAAGAGAAAUUCACAAAAGAGAAUAUCAUUACCAUAUUAGAUUACUAUGAAUGCAAAGGAAUCCUCGAGAUAAACAAAGCCUCAUCUGUGUUCGAAGCCGAUCCUUUCCAAUUGAUUGUGGUCCCAAACAGCAUCAUCAAAAGAGCAAAUGAAACUCCCAAGAUUGAUAAUCUUUACAAGCAAGCAUCAGGAACAUUUGUGUAUGGAUUAUUUCUGUUACAUGAGAAAAAAGUGAAUAGGAAGACGACAGUGUAUGAAAUACAGGAUAACACAGGAACGAUGGAGGUCGUGGGGACCGAGAGAUGGCAUAACAUCACGUGUGAGAAAGGAGAUAAACUUCGACUCUUCUGCUUUCAACUGAAAACAAUUGACCAGAAGCUGAAACUGACAUGUGGAACUCACAGCUUCAUCCAGGUCAUCAAGGCUAGGAAAAGCAAGAAGGAGCCAGUCGGUUUUGACUUAAAGGUGGAAUUUGAUAUGAUGCACUCCCCUCCAGAUCAAUUCAUGGGCUUUCAUAGUGGAAUUGUUAAAACUGAGGAUUUCUAUUAAAAAUAGAUGCAGUAGAAAUAGCCCAGCAUAUUAAGGGCUGCAUUGUAGAUUAUAUUUCUUUAUUUUAUAAAAUAUACUUGUAUUUUUCUGUA